GGGGCGGUAUUAACACAUAGGGGGGCAGUAUACACACAGGGGUCUCAUCUGCUGCCACCUCCAGGGUGAAGAUCUGACUAAUAUAAAGGGUGAAGAGACGUAUGUGACUGAUAUGAAGGCAGAAGAUAUAGAGGGAAAAGAAGAGAUGUAUGUGACUGAUAUGAAGGCAGAAGAUAUAGAAGGAGAAGAAGAGACGUAUGUGACUGAUAUGAAGGCAGAAGAUAUAGAGGGAAAAGAAGAGAUGUAUGUGACUGAUAUGAAGGCAGAAGAUAUAGAAGGAGAAGAAGAGACGUAUGUGACUGAUAUGAAGGCAGAAGAUACAGAGGGAGAAGAAGAGACGUAUGUAAGGAGUGAUCAGCAGUGUAAGGAGGAGGAAAUCCCUACAGAUAUCAGCACAGAUGAAUGUAACAGAAGAAAUAUAUUGGCUGAACAUCCCAUUGUAUAGCCAGAUUGUGAAAUUGAAGCUAAAGAUAUCAUGCAAGAUUCUCUGGAAAACCAUAUGAUCCCAAUUGUACAUCCAGUACCUCACAGUGCAGAUAUAUCAUCUGUUACCUCUAUUCAUGAGGAAUGUUAUCCUGAUACCUCAGAUAUUGGUCUAUCUAUGACAGCUCUUAGAGUAGAUAGAACAUUUCCCAGUGCUGUACAUGACGAAUGUUUUACUCGGAGCACAAAGCUUAUUACCCAUCAGCCACCUAAGACAGAUGAAAGACCAUUUCCAUGCUCUGAGUGUGGGAAAUGUUUUACAUACAAAUCAGAAUUAGUUAGACAUCAGAGAAGUCACACUGGUUUGGAGCAAUUUCCAUGUUCUAAGUGUGGGAAAUGUUUUACGUGUAAAUCAUCUUUUGUUAUACAUGAGAGAAGUCACACAGGUGAGAAGUCAUUUCCAUGCUCUUAGUGUACAAAAUGUUUUGCUUACAAAUCAAAGCUUGUUUUACAUGAGAGAAGUCACACAGGUGAGAAGCCAUUUCCAUGCUCUGAG